AUGAUACAUAAAAAACAGAAACAGUCGGAAUUCAACAUUAAUAAUUCUGUGCUGAAUGAUGACAUUUUCCGAUUGGUUCUUUCCUUCCUGCAAAUUACAGAUUUGUGUAAAUUACAAUUAGCUUCUAAACAAUUGAGAAUAUGUCAACUGACAACAGAAGAUCAAUAUUGGAAAGAUUAUUACAUGGAGAGGAUUCAUUGGUUUUCGGAGGCCAGUAAGACCAACCGAUGGAAUAAGACAACAGGAACAUAUGAUGUUGUGAUUUUACAAUCUGAACUUUAUACUAAACAUGUGGAAUAUACUGAAAAUUACAAGCAACAUUUGAUUGAAUUAGUUGGAGAGUGGAUGAUUAAUGCAGAAAGAGAACAGCAAGAGCUGACGAGAGAAAUUGAAGGUUAUUAUGCGUGGAAUGAUAUUUAUGUACCUAAGGAAGAUAUACUAAACUACAAAUUGAAUAGUAAUGUAACUUCAAGUCAUUACAAAAUAGUUCUAGUGGGAGAUGACACUGUUGGUAAGACCAGUUUAUUGUACACGUUUAGUACAGAUUCGUUUCCACAAUAUGAACAUUUACCAACAACUUCAUCUGACAAUUACUCAAAGAAUUGUUUGGUCGAUGAAAGAGUUUGUCAUUUGGAAUUACAUGAUUCUGAAGGACAUUAUGAAUUCGAUAGAUUGCGCAGAUAUAUUUACCCUGGGACUGACAUGUUCUGUAUUUGCUUUAGCUGUUCAUUAGAGACCUCCCUUCGUAACGUUUAUUCGAAAUGGAUUGUUGAAAUCAAUCGCCUCCAUCCAAAUAGUCUAAUUAUUCUGAUUUGUACCAAAACUGAUUUAAGGGAUGAUCCAAUCAAGAGAAGGGAGCUACUGGUUAAGAGACAUAGAAAACCAUCAAGUACUGAGCAAGGAAUACUGCUGGCCAGAAGAAUGGGAUGUUUCACCUAUGUUGAAGUAGGUGCUAUUAACAAUAGUGGAAUGGCUGACCUUCACCAAGUGAUGGUCAGAGGUAUCAAUAUGUGGAAUGAUCCUGCUUUUAAGAAAAAACAAAAAAAGUCAUGCCAUUUACAAUAA